AGUGUGCAAAUACACAGAGCAGGGGGAUGCUCCCCCUUUCGGUGUGGAGGGAUUAAUGCCGCCGCACAAUAUGUACUUGGUUAUAGGGCCCAGUUCUUUGUACGAAUGUUAGUAUCAUUAAUGGCGCCUCCCAUGAAUACACAGAUACAGUUGUUGAACGCGGGCCCCGGGCACCAGCAGCUUGGUCCUGGCGGCUCAGUGCAGCCCACUCUCUCCCAACAACAACAGCAGCAGCAGCAGCAGCAACAACAGCAACAGCAGGACUUUGAUCCUGUGCAGCGAUACAAGAUGCUUAUCCCCCAGCUGAAGGAGAGCCUGCAGAACCUCAUGAGGAUUGCGGCCCAGAACCUGGUACAGAACACCAACAUCGAUAAUGGCCAGAAGAGCGCUGAUGGUCCCGUGCAGAGGUUCGACAAGAGCUUGGAGGAGUUUUAUGCCUUAUGCGAUCAGCUGGAGCUGUGUCUGCGUCUUGCGUACGAGUGUUUGUCUCAAAGCUAUGACAGCGCCAAGCACUCGCCCACGCUGGUUCCCACGGCCACCAAACCCGAUGCGGUGCAGACGGAGAGCCUUCCCUAUACCCAGUACCUGAGCAUGAUUAAGUCCCAGAUAUCUUGUGCUAAGGACAUACACAACGCCUUGCUGGAGUGUUCCAAAAAAAUAAUGGGAAAGACGCCCCCAACCCAGGGGCCACUGUGAUACCCAAUCGCUCUGUGCUAGAUGUGGACUAUGCGGCUUGCACUUUUUUUUUUUUUUUUUUUUUUUUUGGGUGUAGAUGAACAAGACUGAUUGGGGACAACUUCUGUUACUUUAACCCUUUGAGUGCUAAUGACGGCUCUGAGCCGUCACAGAGUUUCUCACUCUGGUGCUAAUGACGGCUCAGAGCCGUCAUGAGCACUCUCCCACCUUGAGGGAGAUCUGGGGGCUCCUAACAGCUCCUACCCCGGCGAUCGUUGCCUGUAGAGUGACAGGCAUCGCCGGGGCUUCACGUGAUGCACGGUGACGUUACGCGCAAUAACGUGAUGACGUCACCUUGCAACUUUAUUUAUACUUAACAAUGUUAAGUAUAGGAGGGGGCAUGCUGCUUAGAAUCCUGUAUCUCAGGCAUCUAAGCAGCUACAGACCCCCAAGACCCACUGUUGGAAAGGGAAUCGCCUUACCUUUCCAACAGUGUAAGUCUUGGGGGUCUGUAAAAAAAAUAAAAAAAGUUAAAAAUGUUUUUUCAAAAAUUAAAUAAAUUAAAAAAACCUUAGAAAAUAUUAGCACCCAGGUGGGAAAGUGCUUAGCACUCAAAGGGUUAAUAGACAUGAAACCCAAUUUUUUUUUUCUUUUCAUGAUCCAGAUAGAACAAUUUUAAAUAACUUUCCAAUUUACUUUUUUUAAUCUAAUUUGUUCUCUUGGCACCCUUUGUUGAAAAGCUUACCUAGGUAGGCUCAGGAGCUGGGAGUUAGCUGCUGCACAUAUAUACUACUUGUCAUCGGCUUACCAAUGCAUUACUGCUCCUUCAAUAAAGGAUAGCAAAAGAGUGAAGCAAAAUUUAAUAGUAGAACGAAAUUGGAAUAUUAUUUAAAACUCUCUGCUUUGUCUGAAUCGUAAAGGGAAAAUGUUGUUUCAUGUCUGUUUUAAAUGCCUUAAUGGGUGAGAGAACCCACCCCCUGCGCUGAGAGAAUAUGGAAGCAGCCGUCACUAAGCGACAUCAUUUGAUCAUUUGUUCACGUAUUCUGCUUUUGGACCAGUCCAUUGUGCAUUAAAGGGGUCUCUCCUCUCAUAAUGACCUAAGUGAUUUGGGUUUCGAACACUUGUGUAUAUACAAUGCUAUGUGAUCUGAUUUGGACGGAAACCGUGAAAACGACCCUUAAUAAAAUAUUCUGGUUUCUCUA